UGAUGGCUCAUUAAUGCGCAAUAAUAAUACGCGCGUGAAGGUCACGAUUUAUUUGCGUCACUUAAUCGCUCAUUACACUGUAGAAAUGAAUUUUCAACGCAGUAGAUCCUGCAUACAGGGUACCACUCGACGUACCGAUCUACAUUUAACCUCAAAUCUACAUGUUCCCGUGGUCGAAUUCGCCGCCGAAGAAAGUGCCAUAAUUCCUGCCGAUUUCCUGGUUCAAGAUAAUGCAGCUCAUGCCUGACCUCGGGACUACCGAAGCAUCGUAAUCAGCUUGAAGUUCACGGUCAGUCCGUAUCGAUAUCAGCGCCCAGAAAAUGCCAGAAAUAUUAACCUCAGGUAUGCAGGGAUCUAUUGUGGAGGGCCCUUAACCCCCGAAGACGGUACAAGGAAGAUGACCGGUGGCACUUAAUUAAAGUCGUCUCGGCGCCUUAUUAAUGAAGGAUAAAACGAGGCGCGCCUCGCUCAAGGUCGCCUCGUAUCAGCGAGCGUCAGGGCGCUUUGCUUGGCUUGCUAGCGAAUUUUAGUCUAGUCUCUGUCGAGCAGGCCAAACGCGAGGACGAUGUUCCGGGGGAAAGCUGCGUUGGCGGUCAUGGCCGUCGUCCUGAUCAGCCUUGGGUCGGCCGAGGGUAAGAUCAUGAGCGAAUGCGAGGCCGUGAAGGAGCUGCAGAACGGACGCAUCUCCAGGAGCAUGAUCAGCAACUGGCUGUGUCUGAUGAAACAAGAGAGCGGCAUGGACACGCGUCUCGUUUCUGGCCCGAAAACCGCGUCCAGCUACAACUAUGGAAUAUUCCAAAUCAGCAGCCUUAAGUGGUGCACUCGCGGGAGAAAAGGCGGGAUCUGUAACCAACGCUGUGAAGAUUUUGCCGACGACAACAUCCAGGACGACAUCGCGUGCGCCAGAAUCAUUUAUAACCAGGAUGGAUUCAAGGCUUGGGGUGGAUGGCUGAGGCAGUGCAAGAACAAGGCCCUGCCUAAUAUCUCUGGCUGCAGGCGUUGAAUUAUCGAUAUUUACCGAUCUAUGUUUUACAAUAAUUGAGAUUACCGGAUAUAGACACGAGACUGCUAAACGCUACACUUUUUGUAAGCCCGAUAGGGCGGAAUGGGAUUUUUUGUGCCGCUGCGGAAGUUGAGCGAGAACCGCGUUGAGACGCCCUCGGGGUCGGCAGGUAUUAAUUCAUAACACCAGGACUUCGCUAAUGCGGUGUACCGGAUAUCUUUCUACCGGAAUACAGGAAUCACUGUACAUCCAGGGAUGUACGGUAAUAAAUUGUAUAAUUGUCGA